GGGUAUUUUCAUUCCUAGAUUUCCAGGAGAGAGUUCGGAGUUCCUCGUUGGUCGUCUCCCGUCCUCCAUGGCGACUCUCACCGCUCUCGUCGUCUCGCCGGCCAUCGCAAGCUUCUCUCGAUCCCGUUUCUCAGGUAAUCAGUUCGUCAGAACCAUCAGGAUCCAAUGUGCCACUUCUUUUUCUUCUUCUUCUGUGGAUUCUUCUAAGAAGGCUACUGUGCUUGAGAAAACAUCGGUUGAAACUAAGACUGGAUCUUGGCAAUGGAGAUUUCAAGACAAUGCGGUGAAUGUCUAUUAUGAGGAACACAAGGAGGGGGGCGCUUCCAAUGCCAAGAACAUUCUUAUGAUACCCACAAUCUCAGAUGUGAGCACUGUAGAGGAAUGGAGAAUGGUUGCCAAGGACAUUGUUACGCGAAAGGGGGAGACUGAUUGGCACACAACCAUUGUUGAUUGGCCUGGUUUGGGCUAUUCUGAUCGACCUUCGCUCAAUUACACUGCUGAUGUCAUGGAGAACUUCCUCAUUCAAUUUAUGAAUGCAUCUGAUAGUCCGGUCAAAAAUUCAGGUGGAGAUUUGAUAGUUGUGGGAGGAGGACAUGCAGCAACUAUAGCGGUCCGGGCUGCUGGUAAAGGGCUGAUUAAGCCAUCUGCAAUAGCGGCUGUUGCCCCUACUUGGGCUGGUCCCCUGCCCAUUGUAUUUGGUCGUAGUUCUGACAUGGAAUCUAGGUACGGGUUACUGAGAGGUACUCUUAGAGCACCGGCUGUAGGUUGGAUGAUGUACAAUGUUCUCGUCAGCAAUGAGAAGGCAAUCCAAUCCCAAUACAAGUCCCAUGUCUACGCCGAUCCUAACAAUGUAACUCCCAGCAUUGUUGAAAGCAGAUAUGCACUCACAAAGAGAAAAGGCGCUCGGUUUGCCCCAGCUGCUUUCCUCACCGGCCUGCUUGACCCGGUGCAAUCCCGGGAGGACUUCCUCAGUCUAUUUGCUGAGUUAGACGGAAAGGUUCCGGUUCUAGUUGUCUCCACAACAAGCUCACCCAAGCGAUCCAAAGCUGAGAUGGAUGCUCUGAGAGAAGCCAAAGGUGUGACCAAGUUUGUCGACGUUCCUGGUGCUCUUCUCCCUCAGGAGGAGUAUCCUCUAACAGUUGCCGACGAGCUUUACAAGUUCUUGCUAGAAAACUUUGCAUCCAACAUGUAACAGCAGGUGUUCUAUACAAAAGCAAUUGUACUUGAUAUAAAGUAAAAUACGAAAAUCAUUGUCUAGUAUAAUUAAAACAGGGAUUAAAUGAGCACAAGGAGUGGCAUAAAAUUUAGAAACUUA